UUUUUUUUUUUUUUUUUUUUUUUUUAAUUUUGGGGUUGGUUUGGUUGUUGUGCUCCGGGCACCAUGUCAAAUUCGGGCUCCCAUCAAGACACUGGGAACAAGCCAGAGACGGAAAAAAAUAACCAAGAUGACUCUCAACCCCCUGUCAUCUCCGAGAGGAGGAACAAAAGUGGAAUAAUAAGUGAACCUUUGAACAAAAGUCUUAAGAAGUCCCGUCCACUCUCCCACUAUUCCACCUUUGGUAGCAGCAGCUCGGUAAGCGAACAUUCAGAGAAAGGCAACCCCUUAGCUAAUGGCAACGAUGCGACUGUGGAUAAAAGUCAUUCUACCUCAAAGCACAAAAACAUCUCUAGUAUGCUGAGCAAAUUAGACCGGAUGUCGGAGCUCUCCUCAGAAGGACAGACCGCCCUCCAACAGUUUGCUCAGUCGACAGAAAUGCUCAAAAGAGUGGUACAGGAGCAUCUUCCUCUAACAAGCGAGCACGGGACUGGUAUCUCUGACAUGGAGGCAGUCUCAGCUGCAGAGACAAUGAACGGCCCCUCUGAUUUUCCUUACCUGGGGGCUUUUCCCAUCAACCCAGGCCUUUUCAUUAUGACCCCUGCCGGCGUGUUUCUGGCAGAGAGCGCGCUCCAUAUGGCUGGCUUGGCAGAGUAUCCCAUGCAGAAUGAGUUGGCAUCUGCCAUCAAUUCGGGGAAAAAGAAACGGAAAAGAUGCGGCAUGUGCCCGCCCUGCCGAAGACGGAUAAACUGCGAGCAGUGCAGCAGUUGUAGGAAUCGCAAAACUGGCCACCAGAUUUGCAAAUUCCGAAAAUGUGAAGAACUCAAAAAGAAGCCUUCUGCAGCACUGGAGAAGGUGAUGCUUCCUACAGGAGCCGCGUUCAGAUGGUUCCAGUAGGAACGGGAAUCCCAAAGCUCUGUCAUCCAAGUGCAAUGUCACUGCUUGCUUGUGUUGUCUCAGGCAAGGGAUUUUUGGCUGAAAUGAAUGGAUGCACCUGUGUCUCUUUAGAACCAAAAAUAUUUUCUCGCAAAUCUCAUUCCUGUUUUUAUAAUUUUUUUUUCUUUUUUUUCCUUUUUUUUUUUUUUUGCGUUCGUUUUAACAUCUUCGAGUCCUAGUCAGACAUUUAACUGCUUUUCAAAUAAAAUACAAAAAAAUAAUUAAAAGAAAAAAACAAUGGAUCUGUAAAGUACCAAGACUUAAUAGACAGAGUAUGGACAAUCAGUUUCUUUCUGUGUUUUGGUGUUGAUGUUGUUUAUGUGUGAAAGAUGCAGUACUUGUGUAGGGAAUGUAAAUUUACAGUAACCUUUUAAAAUCUAGUUACUAAUAAGCACUACUGUAAUUUAGCACAGUUGUUUAAUUGCACCCUCCUUUAUACUUUUUAUUUGAUUCUUUCCCAUCAUACAAUAGAGUGGAUAGUUUCUAGAAUGCCUCAACUUCAUGUUUAUAAAUGAGAAUAUGUUUAAAGCGAUGUAGUAUCCCUUCUCCUCGCCAUUCACCUCUGGAAGUUUAACCCACAAGAGGGUCAGUAUAAAAGGUGGAAGAAAACAAUUGCUACACAACUGGCGGAAUUCAAAAAAAGGAAAAAAAAGAGUAAAAAAAAGGCAAAAAAAAAGUCGUUGUUAGUUUAUUAAUAUAGAACAAGAAACGCUGCGUACAGAAAAUCCUCCUAAUUGCAACGGUUUACUCCUAGAAGUAAUUUUUGUAAACUUACAGAAGUUAAAAUCAAAAUAAAACAAAUAUUGCAGGACCUGUGCUGAAGCAGUUACGCAAAGUGAUAUUUCUCUUCUGUUCACCCCCGUCUCUCCAGCUCUCUCUCCAUCAUUAAAUUGAAAUGCUGUUUGUAAUGUUUUAGCGAUCCAGGCUGUUUUUGUGAAUAAAAUGAAUGCAUGUUUUGUGUCAUGA